AUGAUGAAUGGAACCUCAAUCAAUUUCUUAUCUAAGGAGCAGUCAACUGAUGGGACUGCAACUUAUGGUUCUGAGUUUGUAGCCACUCAAACCUGUGUCAAACAGAUCAUGGAUCUCCAACAAACCUUGAGGUACCUUGGUGUGUCGAUCAGAGGUCAAAGCUACAUGUCUGGUGACAAUGAAUCUGUCAUGAACAGUUCUUCCCAACCUGAAGCUAAGCUACACAAUCAACAUGUUGCAUUGUCAUUCCACCAUGUGAAAGAAGCAGUAGCAGCUAACAUGCUAUCUUUUAUCCACAUUGACAGUGCUCUCAACCCUGCUGAUAUUCUCAGCAAAUAUUGGGGUCAUCAGCAAAUCUGGACACUUCUACCAACUCUAAUGUUCUGGUCUGGAGAUACUGCUGAUCAAGAGGACUAG